AUGGCGCGACGAUGGUGCAUCUACAUCGCGCACCGAUGGCGCUUACGCAAAACCAUACUCGCGCUCCUCGCGCUGGAGUCGUGCUUGACGAUCGCACUCCUGGCGCUCUUUGGCAUCGCGGAUCCGAAUACAUACCGCACGAAGCUGUGGCAGAAUGGGAGUGAUCGGGGUUUCAACAGCAACCCGAAUAGCAUAUUGUAUGACUAUGCGAAUUACAGGCCGGUCCAUGUGCCGCUGGUCUGGAGUGGAUUCAUGACCCAGUUCAACGUGAUCAUUUCCGUCCUCAGCGUAUUCAUCCUGCUAGUCAAGAGUAUGAUGUUCAUCCUCUCGACCUUCCUACCGGUCCUCAGCGUGCUCGUACACGCCCUCCUCAUCGCCCUCUACGCUGUCAGCGUGCGGAACCAGGCCACGCCCGACCUCAGCGAAACCAACGUACCCAAUCUCUCGCGCAACAUGCCUUGGUAUCUCAGCAAAGGAUGCAGCUACGCGACGGAGAAGAACCAUGGAUAUUGCAUGCAGGCGAGGGCGAGCUUUGCGUUGACCUGCGUUAUGCUCGUUCUCUUCGUCGUAUACCUCGCAUUAAGCAUCCACAGCUCCAUACCCACCACCGCCGAAAAAUCCUCCCGCAAAGCCGACUACGACGAAGAAAUCGAGCUCAAAUCCGCUCGACAAACAAUGGACCCGGACGCCGGGCUCACGAAAGAAGAGAAAUGGGAACGCAACCGGCAGAUCUUUUUGAACCUACCAAAGACGCCUGGAACGCCGGCGCAGGGGUUUGGGGGAUAUCCGGCGAUGACGCCAAGGACGACGGCUUUCACCCAGUUGAACGGGGGUGUUCCGGGGACGCCAGGAUAUGCGCCGGGGACACCGGGGUAUCCACCGCAGUCAGCAGGGCCACCGCCAGCGGGGAGGGGGUUGGCGUUUAGCGAGAGGUUCGAGGGGGCGAUGUAUGCGGAGGUCAAGGUGCCGGACCCCAUAUGA